UUGUGUCGCCGGCUUUAUCGAGAUCGGUACCGCUCGCUUCCCGUUCGCUCUCCGUCGGGACGGAUUUGCGUGGAGAUUUGGGCGAAUUUUUUUGACCUCCAGAUCUUCGAUCCGCCCAUUCGUUUGCUGGAAUCGCCGGCCGCCGAUCGUGAGAACCGGUGCUUGGAUCUCUCUUGUCGGUGAGAUCUUCUAGGAUUCCUAUUUGGUGGUCGAAGGCUGGUGAUUUGAUUGUUUUCAAUCGGAGUUGUGGGCGAUUGGAUAUUUGCAUCGACUGGGUGGGCUGUAGGGAAUAGUGCUUUUUUGGUUGGAUCCUUUGGUUAGAGGAUUUGGUACCCGAUGACUCGGAUUCCUUGUAAUGUAGGUUUUUGGGACCUGGAAUAACGAAUUCUGGGGUGUUUAGAUUGGCGGAUUAGAUAGUUCUGGUUGUAUUUCGUCGCGGAGGUGAGUUGUAGGGGGAUUACUGGCGAUUUGCGGAAAGAGAAGGAGGAUUUUCUUUUAUAACUUCAGUGAUUAGGAGAAUUCUUUUCUGAGUUUAUUAUUCUGGGUCAAUUUGGCUUGGAUCUUCAACUAUGGAGCACGUGGUGGCCGGAAAAUUUAAACUUGGCAAAAAGAUUGGUAGUGGUUCUUUUGGAGAGCUUUAUCUCGGUGUCAACAUACAAAGCGGAGAGGAAGUGGCGGUAAAGCUUGAGUCUGUGAAGGCAAAGCAUCCUCAACUUCAUUAUGAGUCAAAGUUGUAUAUUCAUCUCCAAGGAGGAACUGGAAUUCCCCAUCUAAAGUGGUUUGGUGUGGAAGGAGAAUACAAUGUCAUGGUCAUUGAUCUUCUUGGGCCUAGCCUUGAAGACUUGUUCAACUACUGUAACCGGAGGUUUUCACUGAAAUCAGUGCUAAUGCUUGCUGAUCAAUUAAUUAACCGAGUUGAGUAUAUACACUCAAAGGGGUUUCUGCACCGUGAUAUAAAGCCAGAUAACUUUCUUAUGGGCCUUGGUCGUAAAGCAAAUCAGGUUUAUAUCAUUGACUAUGGCCUUGCAAAGAAAUAUAGGGAUCUUCAAACUCAUAAGCACAUGCCGUACAGGGAGAAUAAGAACCUAACAGGAACAGCACGUUAUGCAAGUGUUAAUACACAUCUUGGGGUUGAGCAAAGCCGACGAGAUGAUUUAGAAUCUCUUGGCUAUGUUCUUAUGUAUUUUUUAAGAGGAAGCCUUCCUUUGCAAGGGCUUAAAGCUGGCAAUAAAAAGCAGAAGUAUGAUAGAAUUAGUGAAAAGAAAAUGCUUACUCCCGUAGAGGCACUUUGCAAGUCAUAUCCAUCAGAAUUUGUAUCAUACUUCCAUUACUGUCGAUCAUUGCGAUUUGAGGACAAGCCAGAUUAUUCCAGCAGUUCAUGUCCACCGCACAUCCAAGCAGUCCAAAAGAUUGCAACUCGACCUGAUGGAACGACAUGACAUGAAGAUGAGCCGUGAAUACAGACCAUCAACAUGAAGUUGCAAGCUUUGUUCAUUUAGGAAGCAUAGAUGCCUUUAAUUUCGUCAAACAUAGCAACAUGAUGCUGGGAAAAAUUAUUAUAACUAAAUAUUUUUUUUCA